CACCAGCUCCUCUACCAAAACUUUAACCGCUCUAACGAUCCUGCUGGCUACCAAAAGUCCUCUUUUGUGCUUCUAAUAUCUGACAAAGCUUUUUUAUUUCCUUACAGCUCUUUAGAACAGUACAAAGAGUUUCAAGAAGAAUGCUACAGCAUUGCUCUUCAUCCUUCCGGUCUUUACAUCUUGGUUGGGUUCAGCGAUAAACUGCGACUUAUGAAUCUGUUAAUUGAUGACAUCAGGUCUUUCAAAGAAUUUACCAUCCGUGGGUGCAGGGAGGUGAGUUCUUGAAAGGUGGCCGCAAAGGUAUAGAUUUGUCAGCAAAUUGACUUUUUUGAGAAGGAGUUGCGAUAAACAAACCAAAACGGACUUUCGGAGAGUUUUUAAUUGUACUUCCCUUAAUCUUAAUAAAUUUCCUGGAAAGCCAUCUUUCACAAAAAAUUGGGAACUGUAUUUCAUGAGUAAAAUUAUAAUUUUCUUGAUUCCCUGAAAAAGGCUAAAUUUGACUGCUUUGCCCUCGUUUUAAUUUCCCAAACCUUAAUUGAAGGGCCUCGUUUCACAAGAAGGGAAUUUGCAAGAAUUAACGAGACAAUAAUUUCAGAGCCGUUAGGCGAGUUAAAUUUGAGACAAUUUCGAAAUAUCACGGAAGUUACGUGUCGUUUCCCGAAAGGUUUGUAAUUUUCUCUUCGUUAGAUAACAAGAAAAAUUGCACUUACUGUGUCGUUUCGAAGGGCUCUUCGUUAGAUAACAAGAAAAUGCUCUCUUUGUGAGUGUUGUGAAGUAUUUUAUAGGCUGUUUUGAAGAUUUUGUGUCAUGCAGUGUAGUUAUUUGAUGUUUUGUUUUGUAAUUGAAUUUUCAGUCGUGCCUAGGGUCUUAUUAUGGUUAGAUUUGCAGUUCAAGGUUAAUCUGAUCAUGGAAAUGGGUGGGGAUCGGAAGGAAGGGAAAAAGAGAGGCUUAAAUGUAGAAGCUUUUGUUUUUAAGCGAAGAGGUACCGUGAAUCUAGAUUCACAUCUUGGAAUACUAUAUUUCUGUCUGCAACUAACAGCAGCUAUAGCAACUGACUGCAUCUCUAACUACAUCUCACCAACUAGCUAAGUAUUGGCGGCCUAAAGAGCUCAACUGUAAACAUUGUUUUACUCUCUGCGUGGCAGGAACUGGUUAGUUUUUUAGGUUAGUUCUUAUAGUGUGCGCGAGGGAAACAGGCGAAGCUUCUCUCCUUUUCUUUCCUCUUGCGUGCGCUCGUGCUCAUCAGGCCUCAAAAUUUCUCCCUUCGCCUUAAAAAAAAAACGGCGCUCGCUACGCAGGAUCAACAUGUUUGGGCUUGCUGUUUACAAGAGUUCUCAGUACACUUCCUGUUGAUCACCAAAUUAAAGCUACACGGUUGAACAUGCCAACAAUAACUUGACCUAUGGAAAUUUGACAACAGAUCUUUGUAGUUGGUCUUGACACUCUGAUGUAGGUAAUAUAACAUAACAUCAAAGGUCAGUUUAAAGAGCUUCAAGAGCUGACAAUCAAAUUCAGUUCAAUAAUAAAACUCAUGACGCUCAAACCACAAACCUGAUCAUAAUGCGACUCUAGGCACGAGUGAAACUUCGGGCCGAGGUACAAACAUAAAAUCAACUAAAUACCGCAUGACAAAAAUCUUCCAAAAACCUUGUUUAAAUACUUCCUGAAGUAAGUUUAACCCCCCCCCCCCCCACACACACACAAAAAAGUCUGAUUAAGAAUGAGGACCAAAUCAGAGCGUCAUCCAUCAGUUUUUUGAACAACUGGGGCCAGAAUGUCAAAUCGAUAAAGCUUCCUUAGUGCUUUCAUUAAAUACCUUGUCACGUUUUACGGAAAUUAUUUGACAUUAGAUUCUCGUACAAACACUGUAAUUUCUCACACGUUUGCCUGCUUUUCAAGAUGGUGUAGAAAACCGUGACAAGUUCUACUUUUCUUGUAUAAUGUGGCAAAAGUUGCGCGUAUUUUAAUUUUCAUGAUUAUUUCCAAGCGAAAUUUGCGAAAAAAAAAUCAGUAUAGGGUAAGGUGUUCGCGUGUACAAAACAAGAAUAACAUCGCUGUAUUGAUUUUUUAAUGAAAUGAAUGAAGAGUGAACAGUCGUGGAUGAGACGACAACAGACGUGCCCUCUUACAAUACAUUUUGACAUGUGAACAGGAAGCUCGGACGUCUGCAUACAAAGGCGCCACUGGCAGCCGCUCUCAGUCCAUUUAUGAGCUUACUGUACCCACCCAACCCGUGAUGUGAAUGAUGUGAUGUGUGAAGGCUGACCACAACACCGCGGUCUACGUCCCCUACUCUUUUCGAACAGUGGUGUGGGUUCUUUUACGUUCCACAAGAACCAGAUAAGUGUAAGUGCUGUGAGACGGAACCUACGGUUUUUUGUCCUUAUCCGAGAAGAUUAGAAAGUCUAACCGUUUGCAGAUGUCAUUACAACGGCAGCGCUUUCUUCUCAGUUAUUUAAAGACCCUGAGUGUUGGUCCGGCCGGGGUUCGAAUCCGUGACCUCCCGCUCAGCAGACCGGCGCUCUUCCAACUGAGCUGAUCAGGCGGCAGUUAUUUAUGAUGAUAAAUUUCGUCUUUUAGUGUUCAUUCAGUAAUGGAGGACAUCUCUUUGCUGCUGUUCAUGGUAAUGUGAUCCAACUGUAUUCCUCAACAACUUUUGAGAAUGUUGGCAACUUGAAAGGCCACAACGGCAAGGUAAAAUAUGUAAACGCAAAAUUUUUGAAAGAAAGCUAUCCUAUUUAACAGUUAAAAUUCUGUGUAGUUCGCAUCAAGGGCGCUUAGUGAGGGGUAUGGGGUGGAAUCUUCACAAAAGAUGGGCCACCUUUCGAUAUUCCCAAGUUCCAGUCAAUGAAUUGAAGGCUCUAACUCGAGGAUUGGUUUGACAAAAUGAAUGAUUUCUUCUAUGAGCACCACUUACAUACUUCCAGCAAUUUUAUUGUCCACAAUUUGUAUUUUGUCUGUUUUAUUUCUCAUUUAGAAUUCGCAGAAAACCUUCCCGGAAUUAGACCUGUUUUCCUUUCGUCGAACGCAAUUUAAUUCUUUACCUUUAUUUUCUUUUCUUUAAGGUAAUGAUUUGUUUAAAACCUGCUUUUCUUUACUUAGGUUCGCCAAGUAAUCUGGAGUCAAGAUGACAGUAAGAUCAUUUCUUGUGGUAUGGAUGGUGCAGUGUAUGAAUGGAACGUGACCAGCUAUAAGCGCGAAGGCGAGAGUGUACUUAAGUCUUGUAGUUACACUAGUGUGGCUGUCUCACCCGACAGUAGAACCACUUUUGCGGUGGGUUCAGACAGAACGCUCAAGGAAAUUUGUGAUUCGCAGGUAAGAUAUUCGUUAUGAAACAUUGAAAUUGUGCUCAUUCCCAAUAUUUCAAAUUACUAAUAUAUGUGAUCAAUGUAUUCCAAAGGGAAGAAUGACAUUAUCGUUCGUUUUUUGGGUGGAUUUGAAUUUUGUCUUAAAUUGCGCUUUUGUUUUACUUCUGAAAAGGGCAGUUUUGUGUCUGUGACACAAACGGCUCCGGCUAAAUUUGGAGAAAGAGUGCAAAUGGCCCUUUGAUUCUAAACUGAGAAAUGCGUGAUGAUUGUUUUCCUCGCCUUCACGAUUCAUCCAAAGCUAACAUCACCUGCACGUAGAAAUAAAUUUACUGCGUUUUGUUUCGAUUGUUCGAAACACGCGUUAUUCUUUUUCCAAUUUUUGGAACAUUAGGGACUGGUUUCAGAUUUACAGAGACCCUUCGGGCAAAGGUGAAGGAGGAGAGCUAGACCAAUUUUUUCCCUUUUAAUUGUUGGUCAGUUACUGCAUUAAAAUUAGCCUGCGUAGCUGGCGGAAUGAACGGACGAGACGAGUGCUGCAUUUUUUUUCGCCGCUCGUUUCUUUUGGCGGCUCUUCCACCAAGAAAGUAGAGAGCUUUAGAUUUGAGAACGAGUACGAAAACGAGACUUAACUUAAAGUUUUUGCGCGUGUUCCAAAAAAAACACACCCCAGAAAGCUUCAUUUUACCCUUUUUUCACCCAAAACGUUAGUAUAGUUAUUUAACUUGUUCCUAACAAUACGACAUUCUCGCUAAAACUUGUUGUAGAAUGACGAAGUUUAUCACUUUUUCCCGCCAAAAUGACGUUGGUUCGCGCGCGUGCACUACUUAGUAUUGAGAAAAUCUCGUACUCGUAGUCUUCCUCGUCUCAGAACCUAAAGCUUUCUAGUACCUCCGGCACAACAAUCCCGCCAGCUACGCAGGCUUCAUUCAAAUGAUCUGAAUUCACUAGUACAUGGGAACCUGGAUUAUCUAAAAUGGAACAUUACCUGAAACAUUCUUUGCCCGCAGAUUCUUCGUGAAGUUCCUGCUAGUGAGAUUGUGUUGACACAGUGUGUUAUGUCACGCUCCGGCCGAAUGCUCUUUGCUGGCACCAGCUCAGGGACUCUGCGCGCCAUGAAAUUUCCGCUGACCGUUCCUGGGGAGUGGCAGGAACACCAAGUACAUUCUGGAGCAAUUACUAAGGUACGGAACUUUGUACAGUCAAGAGCCAUAAUGCUCACUAGAGCUAUUGGUACGGUCGAAUCUCCAUGUCCAACAACCUCUUACCGCCUCCCGUAAGGAGCUACUUAUCAAAAACGUCAUUAUUUACCGAGUCAAAGCCUUACAGUUGGAACCUCCGGUAAACAACCACCUCUCGUAAGCGAUGGCGACCACUUUUAGUUUUAAAGAUGACGGUUUAAAAUUCCAUUGUUCUUAAACUCUUCAAGGCGACCACCUGAAACAAUGGUGUAAUCUCUGUGUUCACUACAUAUGUACCGCGCUACUCAGACUUACCUGUAUUGUAACCUGGAAAGUGCAUGCAGGACAUUGUUCCGAAAACGUAGAUGUGUCAGUUGUUAUGGUUAGUGUUCCCUGGUGUAUUUUUUUGAUAUCUUCCGUAAAACUCUACGUGGGUAUUAUGUGUAUGGGUAAAAGCACUUAGUGAUGACUUUAGCACAAAAUUGGCCUAAAAAAGUAAUAUCCUCGUAACGUGGUCAAGAUUAUUAUCGUAGUGACUUUUUUUCAUUACUCUUCAGAUGCGCAUGUCUUAUGAUGAUCAGUACCUGUUCACAGUGUCCGAGGACGCGUCUUUGUUCAUUUUCAAAGCAGUGGACAAAGAAGGAAGGGGAAUGAAACGAGACAAGGAAGUGGGCUACGCUGAGGAAAUCCUUAUCACCAAAUCUGACUUGGAAGAAAAAGUUAGUACAAAACUAGUCAUAGUGUAGUUGAGUUAAACAAUGCUAAGUUGCACCGCUUUUUAGGGCGGCCUUGUUAAAGACUUAAGACCGUUUUCACUUACGUAGCCCACAUCUAUGCAAAAUUAUUGGAACAAAAGAAAGCGUUUUCUUAAAAAAAAAAAAGAGUUUAACUCCCACAGCAUCUUUUUGGAAACCCCAACAUGGCCGUCGUUUCAUUGUUUUAGAACAUGAUACUUAUAUGGCCGCCGUGACGUCAUGUGAAACUCUGUAUUUUUUUAGGGCGCUUUCCAAAAGUCAGAACUGACCAUCCAGACCCGUAGGUAGCCUGAGAAAUCAACCGUCAUUUUGUGAUGCCACCACUGGUUUCCCCGCGAAAUGACGUCUGAGAAAUUCCGUACUUUUGACGCGUCAGCUCCCAGAUCUGGGUUGUGCUUCUGAUUGGUCGUGCCGUGUGGGAAAUUUGCUUCAACCACUCAGAUCUGGGUAGUGACGCGUCAUCAGUAUGGAAGUUGUACACUCGUUCCUCAGACGUCAUUUUGCGGGGAAACUAGUGGUGGCAUCGCGAAAUGUCGGCUGUUUUCUCAGGCUGUGAAGUAGGCUUUUUCCAAAAGUUUUUGCUGAAAACCCAUCUCCUUUCGUGCAUACUAUUUAGUAUUGGACUAACCUUGCAGUAAGACUCUUCACAGUCCCCUAGUUUUACCUUUACGAACGGCCAUCUUGGUUUCGUAAGAGGUAGUAGAUUUGAGAGUAAUCUACAGGCUAGACUCGGUACAUUUGAAACCACCAUGGCUGCCCAUUAGGGUAGGAACUCCAUCCCGACGAUUUCACGGAAAAAUAGGGGACUGUGUGAGUCAGUCUUUACGCCCACUUUUCUGUUUGAAAUUUGGUCAUUAGAUUGUUCUUCAAAGUGGAUUUAUUACAAAAGGCUCUUCCUAAUUGAUUGCACAAGCGGGAAUUAAGGCUUUUGACUGAAUGAUUCGUGGUUAAAUAGAUAACGCGUUGAUCUGUUACAGUCUAUUGGCUGCUGUUCGAGGUCGUCUGCCUUGUGAACUAGCUGUGGUUUGCAUGGUAUCGGCUAAUCGUUAUUCGUUUUUUGCUACCUCAAAUUAGAAUUCCAUGAUGGCUGAGCUGAAAACACGCGUAGAGGAACUUAAAAUGGAAAACGAAUACCAGCUUCGCCUAAAGGACAUGAACUACAAUGAAAAGAUCAAGGAAUUGACUGAGAAGUUUAUACAAGAGAUGGAGUCGCUUAAGACCAAGAACCAAGUUCUUAAAACAGACAAAGACAAGGAAGAAGCAAAACACGAGGAAGAAAUCGCCGAUCUCCUUGAAAAACACAGCAAGGAGCACCAAGAUCUGGAAUCGGCUAACAACCAGAAGUUAAUGUCCGAAUACGAAAAGUAUCAGGAGCUACAAGCAAAAAGUCAGAAAAUGCAAGAGGAUUAUGAACGGCAGUUAACAGAGAUGGAAGAAUCCAAAGAACAGGCCUUGGAGGAGUUGACAGAAUACUACGAGAACAAAUUGACGGAGAAAAGCAAUCAACUGGAACAGGUAAAUAUAGUAUCCUACUGCAGAAUGUUGUUUGCAUGUAGAAUAGUAGGCUACCCUAAAAAAACAGCCGACGUUUCGCGACGCUACCAAUGGUUUCCCGCCGAAAUGACGUCUGAGGAAUGAACGCAGAAAUUCCAUACCUGAUGACGUGUCACCACGCAGUACCCAGUGCAGGUAGUACUAAUUGGUUGAUAGGUUGAAAGUUUGUUUCAACCAAUCAGAAGCACUACCAAACUCUGGGUAUUGAUGCGUCAUCAGUAUGGAAUUUCUGCAUGCGUUCCUCCGCUGUCAAUUCGCGGGGAAACCAGUGGUAGCUUCGCGAGAAGUAGGUUUUUUCUCAGGGUAGUACAGUAGCCUUAUUUCAUAUUUGAGAGGUCGAAUUAUGGAAACGCUAGCAAAGAGCAUGGUCAGAUUUGAUGCAAUUAACGUCAUUAAUCACGGUGCUAAACAUUCUAAAACCGUUAAAACAUUGAAUAUUCGAACGAAUUACAACGAUGUUACUUCGUUCACUACAAGAAAAGUUACAUUUACAUCAAAUGUGCUCGCGGGACAGAUAUGGUGCAAGAAAGUGCAAACUAACAGGACACCAAGGCCAAGGUAAAUACCCCAUUGUAUUAUGCCAUUUACGUCCUAGUUUACAGGAGGUUGUAAAUUAGGGGGCAAAUGCGGUAUUUACCAUUUUGGCUCUUAUUUCCUCCUCGUUUGCCUGUUUUUGUAUCAUAUUUACCUCGAGCAUGAAACUGAUGUAUAAAUCUAAUUAUUUGUGGGGUGGUGUAGUCGUAGCUUUAGCAUCAGUGAGAAAAGCAAACUUGACCACCAUGCUUAGGCGAUAGCCUAACGUGCGGUUGGAACAGACUGCAAAUUCCUUGUUAAGUUUUUCGCUUCUUCCUCCACAGUCACAAGAUGAAUCUCGCCAACAACUACGAGAAUACGAAGAGACCAAGAAACAGAUCGAAGAAGAUGCUGAUCGAGAAAUCUUGGAUAUAAAAAACAAAUACGAAAGGCGUCUAAGGGAAGAGAAGGAGGCUAACCUGAGACUGAAGGGUGAAACAGGCAUCAUGAGAAAGAAGGUUGGUCUGGUUGAGCGAGAAUAUUAAUUAAAGCAACCUAUUCCAUGCAAGACACUACUGUUUUUUUUUUUGUGAAAUUGUCAUUGUUAUCAUCAUCAUUACCAUUAUCACAUCAUCAUCACCAUCAUCGUCAUUGACGAUCGGUUUAUUGAGUGUUGAAACUGCUGAAGUAAUUUGUCUUUCCUCGUUUUUGGCACAUAUUGCACACAGCAUGUCGUGGUUCCUUCUGUAGGUCUCGUGGCACAGAUUAGGUACAACGAAACAAUAAAGCCCCAUGGAGAACCCAAGUGUUUGGUCCCAUUGUUUCUUUUGUGAUGACGGUACCUGCAGAAAGACCCCAAGUUGUUCUUUAACAAAAAUAAAAAAAACAUCAAUAACAACAACACAAAGUAACACACUGUUAAUUUUUCCAUGUUUUUAGUUUACAAGCCUUCAAAAAGAGAUCGACGAUUAUAAAGCUGAGAUUCAACGACAGCAGAAUGAAAACAACAAACUCCAAGGGGUGAUCAAGUCUCUGGAGAAAGACAUUUACGGGCUUAAGAAAGAAAUCCAGGAACGAGACGAAACCAUUCAGGAUAAGGUACAUUACAUCCCCAUGCAUUGCUACAGUAAACAGUUACAUGUAGUAAACAGUUAUACUGUAUUUGCCAGUAGAAUGACCUUGGGCGUGGUCGACACUUAAAACUCCAUAAUAAGAAUCAGGUUGCUGGGCCAAUCAUGACUUAAUUGACCAAUCAGGCCAAUGACCUGAGUUUACAGCUGUUUCAGAUAACACGCGACCUGCGUUGUCAAAAACGUUUCAGGUAUUAACGAGUAGGAGCUGCAAAACCAAAUGUUGGCGGGAACGUACUGAUUCGUUUCCACUCUCUCAUAACCGUGUUUCUUCUGGAUUUGGGAAUCCAAACUUGCCAUUUUAAGAAGGUCAAAAAGACAUAAGUGUUAAAACGUCAAAACAAGCGAACUCUGAAGUUAAAAAGCAACGAACCUUGAAACAGAAACACACAAAACGGGAGUGAUCAAAAUUCACCAAUCACAAAUCUUGAACCUCGACCUUUUGAACCCGUUGAAUUAAAUUGUUUCCUUAGAGGUUUGCUAAGAUGAUUGAGGGCAACGAAAAACGCAAGUAUUUUGACUGACGUCGCAGAAAAACCCAAAAUCCAAAGACGUUUUUGACAUGGCAGGUCGCGUGUUAUCCGAAACAACUGUAAUACCGGCUAACCCGGAAUCAACUGACGUGAUACAGUUCACUUUGACUCUGAAGAUGACUACCGCACAGGUUUUGAAACGUCAGUCACUAUCAACAACAGUCCUAUUCAGGAUUACACUCACCCCUACCAUCGCAUUCACCUUCUUAUGUAAUGACUCCAGGUUUUAAACCGUCCACAGCAUUAUAAAUUCAGUAGUUUCUCUAGCAACCCUUGCGUCAACACAUGUGUUUUCCCCCGCUUAUAGAAGGGACCGUAAGCAACGACGUCGGGGACGGCAAAAAAGAAAUAGUUUUAGAUUGGCAAAACAAGAACUUUGCACGUGUAUCACGCUUUUUUGUACAUUUCGUUGCCGUGGUUGCACGACUACGACGUGAAAGUGCUAAAUUCACGUUUUGUCGAGGACGGGAGCACAAGACAACAACUUUCUUUUUGUUUUCCUAAACUUUGAUACAGUCCUUUAGAAUUCAGCUCCGAAAAAAUUUGCCAACAUUUGACGAAUUAAACGAGAUGGAAUAAGCGUCAUAAAGUUUAAAGCAGCCAGCAUUCACUUUUUAAGUGACGUUUUCGUAGCCGUCGCCGUCGCCGUCGCCGUCGCAGUCGCCGUCGUUGUUGUUUAUUAAUUAAGCUCCCUAAAACCAGUGGGUGCGCAGCACUUUCCACGGAGACGUUUGUAGGAACGCUUAACGUCUAACAAUAUCAGUACCGUAAGUCACUUUGUGUAAUGUUAUUGCUAUUGUCCUUUGAACGUCCAUCUCCAAUUCUUUUCUGAUGGAAUAAUUACACGAUGGCAUCCUUUAAGUGGGAAUUAGCUGAUUUCAUGGAAAGGAUUAAAGAAAGGCGUUCACAAGCCAAUCUUAGACGUGGAAAGACUUUUUCUGUGGUUCUGUUGUCACAAAGUGGCUAACUCCUUUCUUACGGAAGCGGUAACUUUUUUUUCGUCUUUAGGAAAAGCGAAUCUAUGAUUUAAAGAAGAAAAAUCAAGAGUUGGAGAAGUUUAAGUUUGUGUUGGAUUACAAAAUAAAGGAACUGAAAAAGCAAAUUGAGCCCAGAGAAAACGACAUCAAAGCCAUGAAAGAACAGAUACAAGAGGUAGGGCAGUAAUUAACAUCUGCAUUGACUGCGAAAGAAUUAAGUACUUGGAUAAUAUAUGAAAUUUUUACAUCGAGUAGUGCUUCGUCGUGGUCUGUUACUAGUGGGCAAAUAUGAUUGAGCCAAUCGGCGUUGUCUUUCGGUUGAUGAGCAUGUUUAUCUUAACCAGUGAUCCUCCAUUAGGGUCAAGCUCAUCGCCGGGAACAUAUUGAAGCAAUAAAAUUAAAAGUGAAACCGUAAUGGUAGCGGUGCUGUGUAAAAUACAGUUGAACCUCUACAACGGGCACCUUGGGGACAGAAGAAAGUGGCCAUUGUAGAGAGGUUUAAACAAGAGUCAAUGCAUGGAUCUUUUGUCCGCCGUGAAGAAAAAAAAGUUGCCGUUGUAGAGAGGUGGCCGUUACCGGAGGCUCGAUUGUAUGACCAUCGCUACUGUUGCGUAACGUUCAAAAUAUAAGGAUUUGUAUGAGAGAUAAAUUGUUUCUGUAGGCCAAGAAUGUAAAAGGAGUUAGAUAAAAAUCGGCUAUGUUUGGUUGCCGAGCCGAUUUAUUGCAUUUAUAGACAGGGGCCACCUGUGUUUUAAAGUUUGGCGGAUUAAACUUUACGUUUUCCACUUUUUUGUUUAGAUGGAGAGCGAGUUGGAAAGAUUCCACAAGCAGAACACGAGUUUGGAGCUUAACAUCACGGAACUAAGAUUAAAACUAAAGGCAACUGAUAAAGAAAUGCAUCUGGAAAGACAAAGGGUAUUGAUGUUGGCUAAUGUUUUUUUUACUUUCCUUUGAUAAUUUGAUUAUUUAGAAAAAUUAUAACGGCCGUUGUGCGGGUGCUUUGUUCCAGGUUCGUGAUGUUGAAGCCGUCGUUAAACGAUUUAAAACGGAUCUUCACAACUGCGUCGGCUUCAUUCAAGAACCAAAGAAACUUAAAGAGAACGUCAAGACGUUGUAUCAGAAAUAUGUACAGGAUGAAACAGUAAGGAGCUAUGUACUUCUUGUUUAAUUCAUUACUAUAGAAACGAGAAGGCCCUGUAGCCGAAAUGAGUCCCGCAAGAGACCUUUUUACCGAUACGGAGGCCAUAUUGAAUUUAUUAGAUUUUAGGAGUAUUAUGGGAUGCCCAGAGGGCACGCGCUUAGUAUUUACGCGCGCUUUUCGGGCAAAAAAGAGAACUUCACUGUAUAUUUCUCGGGAAAAAGGCGAUCAUUAUUACAUCCAAACACGGCACAACGAACCUUUUUUUUUCCCAUUACAAUCGUUUCCUAGGAAAACUUCAAGAAAAAUUGGCCCGAAAAGCACGCGUAAACACCGAGCGAGUAUAUCGGAUCGUGCUCAUGCCCCCUGGGCAUCCCAUAAUACUAAAUCUAAGUAAUUCAAUAUGGCCGCCGUAUAGGUAAAAAGGUCUAUAGUUUCUGGGGUCCUUACGCGCCGGUCAGCCAUUGCCCAGAUUUUUUACUCCUGUCCCUAGCAACAGGAAUUGAGUCGUAUUAAAGUGUUUAGCGUGGUUUCUGCGUCUUACUUUGUUAUCGUAUUUUUUCAGCUUGAUUCUGCGGGUGUAGAUGCGGAUAUCCAAAGAGAGUAUGCGCGUCAGAGAGAGCACCUAGAGAGAAGCGUCGCUUCACUGAGAAAGAAGCUUGCAAAGGACUCUGAAAUCCACAGAGCUGAUAACGUCCGAAUCAUGCAGGUUAGGGCUUUGACAUGCGCUUUUGACAACCAAGUCAAACUUUUCUUGAACGGUUUUUAAUCCUUGGUUUAAUGAGAAGAUUAAUGAUUUAUUAAAGGGGCUAUGUCACCCUAUUUGCUCUUUUUUUAAAAACGGCUUAAACUUUUUUCGUAUCACUUGAAUUCCAAAAAUAAUGGUUUAGCUUUGUUAUUUAAGACUUUAUAUAUGCACUGAAACUGUUUCCUGUCGUCUGUUGCCACCGAUGGCAAGGAUGGACAUGGAUUAGAACUUGAAAAAGUUGGGUCAACUUUUACAACUUUUAAUGCAAUGCGUGCAAACUCAGCAAAGUAAUGAUUAUGGUUAGUGCUCUCUGAUAAAAUUUGUUUGAUAUCUUCUGCAGAACUCCACGGGGAUGGUCCCCAAUAGGGUUCUUCAAUCCCGUAAUUUUCGACCCUAAAUUUCGUGCAAUCCCGUAAUCUCUAGGGUUAUAUUUGGCAUCCUACCUCACGCGCGUGCUUUGCAAUUUCGAAUCUUGCCGCCAUUUUGCAUCAAAAUCCCAAAUCCCGGAUGCCGAAAAACCUAUUGGGGACCCUCCUCAGUAGCAUUUUCUGCCCGUAGGUAAAGGCACCAAGUAAUGUCUGUAGCAUGGAAACGACCUAAAACGGUCAUAUCCUCGUGACAUAAUCCCUGCGCAAAUACUUGCAAGUAAUACUCAAAAUGAAAUAUAACUCAGCGUUUGUAUUCUGCUUGGACGGAUGAUGGAAGGAUGAAGUUUAGAAGCUGUUGUGGUAAUCUCAUCUAAUUUUAGACACCCUUACGCUUGAUCUCUCCUGUAUAAUUUACAGCCGUACAAUUCCAACAUUCUAUUUAGGUUCUCUUUACAUAGAAAGGAUAAAAAGUUCAAGAGAUAGCUCUUAAUAGCACUAUCUUAUCUGGCCCAUAGCUGGGUUACCGCCUUUUAAAAACAGCCGACAUUUCGCGGGGUGCACAGAAAUUCCUUACUGGUGACGUGUCACCACCCGGAUCUGGGUAGUGCCUCUGAUUGGUUUAAACAAAUUUCCCUCGCGGUUCGACAAAUAAGAAGCACUAGCCAGAUCUGGGUAGUGAUACGUCAUCAGUAUGGAAUUUAUACGCUCGUUCCUCAGACAUAAUUUCGCGGGAAAACCAGCGGUGGUGUCGCGGAACGUCGGCUGUUUCCUCACUCUACCGCCCAUGUACGAACCGGUAUUUACUUUACACUGCCUUGCCGUCUGUAGGAAAAUGUAACCCUUAUCAAGGAAAUCAAUGACUUAAGACGAGAACUCAAGAUCGCCCGCACUCAAGUCCACGACUUGGAAACCGCCUUAGGUGUCAUGCGCAAACAGCAGCAGUUCUCCGACGGGGAAGAUUCCAAAAACGGAGACAACCAAGUCAAAAUAUCAUCUGAAAACAUGAAAAUGGAAAAGAUGAUCGACAUGCAGAAGGGAGAGAUCAGGAAAUUACGUACUCAGAUUAAAGAAAUGGAGACAGUCAUUAAUUCUAGGCCCCCUCGGGUCAGAGACUGCCACCAGUACCUGUUAUAUAAUGUUUUAUCAGCAUCAUUUUUUUUUCUGGACAUUGUUCAUCUUGUGCUAUCGAGAUAUAGACUAUAUUUAGAAGAUUCUUUUUUUCUGCCAAUUUGCUACCUAUCAGAGAUCUUUAUGAAUCAUUACUGUGUGUUAAUAAUUUUCUGGAAUUUCGUCUUCUUGUACAACCGUCGUAAAUCUGCUCAUAUCCAUUCAAGAAGUAUUUUAUUGUUAUUUUGUUACCGAAAUUUUCAGCGAUAUGUAAAUAGACUUGUCGAACAUCUUACACGAGUUAAUCAUACUUAACAGUGUGUUAAGUAAGGUUUAUAAAAUUAAGUCUGACCACCCUAGUAGUAUGUCAAAAGCAUUUAUAACCAACCUUGUAAAAUAACCGAUAUUAUCCGAAGUGGAUGUAAAUAAAUCUGUAUUUUGAAUGUAGCGG